GUUGUAUCCCAGAAUCAAGCAAAAUGGAUCAGACGUUGUUUUUUAGGCAAUGUGUGGACAUUUAUACGGAAUCGUUGAAGGAAAAUGAGAAUCUGGAGAAGGAGAGACUGACUGAAAGACCUUUCAACAAGACACCUCGUGCAGAGUAUCAUAUUGCAAGCAGUGCCUUUUACACGAAAGCCACAUCAAUGCAUCAUGCAUUAAUAUCACUAAUAACACUAAUCAACACCGUUCGACCCCAAUAUCUUUUAGCAAAUUCGAGAGAGCUCUCCGAGGAGCAGAAGAUUAUGCUCGACACCGAAAUCAAGACUAAAAUUCAAAGAUUGACGGGGAAGGUAAAAAACCUUCAGGAUGUUGAAGCUCGUUUACAAAAGAUGGGUGCAGACUCCGAGGAGCUCACUUCAGCACUUGACAAAAUAGGAUUUUGUAUUUCAACCGAAGGUCAGAAUUGGAACAGGCUACAGACUUUGACUCGGAACUUGAUUUCUAUGGGAGACUAUUCCGACUACAUCUCUGUGAGGAAUGGUACUUUGAGAACCAUCUUUUGUAACAUUGUUAGCACAUUGGCUUUGCUUUUGCAGACAGUGCUUCUCACAUGGAAUGACAUGCAUGACAAACGCGUUGAGCGUCUGGUGCAGUUGAAAAAGUCUACUUUGAGCACCUCUUCAUCGUAUAAAGCUAACCAACCUCAGUCGGUACAAAUGGAUUCGAACAUGUUCAAGCUAAAUGAUUCAAGCAGUCUCUCUGAAUACACGGAAUCUGAAAUAAGGUAUGUUACUGAUGACUAUGAGAAGUUGCAAGACAAGUUGCCAGAGCAUGAGCUGAUGCAACUUCAAUCCGAACAGGACUCUCUAGCUGAGGAGCUAAAGAAAGGUACCUUAGAUGCAGUGACACAGAUUGAAUCGUCGAUGCUGGAUGUUGCCAGCAUGGUGCGUGAAAUUGGAGUUCAGCUUUCCAUGCAAAAUGAAAACAUAACAUUGAUGGAUCAACACAAGGAUGAAAUUGUGGGUAACGUCAAAAGUGGUAAUACAGUUUUGGUCAAGGCAAAUGAGAAAAACAGCAAAAGGAAUAAAACACUUGCAUGGGCAAUAUUUUUUGCUGCAUUGAUUUUGUUGAUGGUUGAUUACAUUCUUUAGUUGUCGUAAUUAUAGUUUAUAUAGCAACCUCAUCUAACGAUUUCAUGUUAGGAUAGAUGGGGUCAAGUGAAUACAGAUCAUUCAAAAGAUACUAUCUUGCCAGCACCUACAGUCAUACCCUCCUUUCUGAGUACUAUUCUCUUCAGUUUAUCAAUACCGUGUAAACCGUCCUCAUUCUCAGAUGCCUUUUCUUCAGAUGAUAGUUCUACAAUUGGAACAGGCUUCUCUGUUUCGAUCACAACUCUUGCACGCUGGGAUGAACUUAAAUGCUUCCUUUUCUUGUUUUUCUUAAAUUUUAUAGCCCCGUCAUCACCAGUGAUCUUUGUUUCAACCCAUUCAAUUGCCGAUAACUUUGCGGCAUAUGAAACAUUACCCCGGAAAAGUACAAAUGGAGUAC